AUGAAGUUGCUCUCUCCUCCUCACUCCCCUUCAACAAUCCUUCUCCUUCUCCUCCUCUGCUUCCAUGGCGCUGUCGCCUCUUCCAACUCUUCUUCCUCCUCCACUUCAAAAAUCGGCCAAGGCUACCGCCUAAUCUCCAUUGAAGAAACUCACGACGAAGGAUUCCUCGGCCACCUUCAAGUCAAGCAGAAGAACAAAAUCUAUGGCGCCGAUAUCCCCACGCUCCAGCUCUUCGUCAACUCGACGCCAUUGGCGAAAUUGGCUCGGGUUUUCAGGAAACCUUCCAGAUACGCGGUCGAGAUCAAGGAGCCCGGAACUCACAUGGCCCGAUUCCACGUCCUGGUUGACAAUUAUGUUGCUCUGAGCAACUUCACUGUAUCAGACACUCUGGUAAAGGAGUAUUUGGUCUGGGUUAGUCAGAACAAGCUUGUUAUCACGAUUGUUCCAACCCAGAAGGGUAAAUUAGGGUUCGUAAACGCAAUUGAGGUACUUUCUGCGCCUAAGGAUCUGAUUCCGGAUACGGCUACCCUUGUGAGGGAUGGCGAGGAGACGAGAGAGAGCUAUGGGGAAUUGAACUACUCCGGAUAG